UACUUCAUAACUGCCUAGAUUUAACAAGAAUACAAUCACACAUCGUUCAUAAAAAAAAAACAAGCGUGAUCAUCAUCAUACAUAACGAGGCUUAAUUCACACGGUCGGCGGCGUAUUAAGUUGAACUCAGUUCGAUUUGAAAUGCCCUCCAAUACUUGGUAGCUGUGGCUCGAUUGGCGGUUACCGGUGUAAGUUCGAAAGAGAAGGGAAUGCGCAGAAGCACGUGGAUUUGUUUAGACGACUGUCAAGCCCCUUUCGUAGCGCAUUUACAAAGUCCGUGGGGUGCUUCCGGUAAGCCCCGUAGCUGGCGGCGCUUUCCCGAUAAACGAUACCGGGGGCCAACGGGGGCGACAAGAUCCACUGUCUACCUCCCUUCUCUCUUCCAUUCUUCCCGCCCAACCGUACCACCGUCUCUCUACCCCUGGGUCCCCUCUUUACCCACGACGGCAUUACACCUCCGAUGCAGAGACAGAGACAGCGACAGGGGCAGGGGAGUGACGACGGCGACGAUGCCCGGCGAAACGAGCGAUGGAGGAGGGGAAGACAUCAACGGCGGACAAGGCCGCCAUAUUGAAUCACUCUCGUUAAUUUUUGCGCAGAGGCGGUGUGAAUUUUUUCUCCUUGCGCGGAAGGUAGCAGCUCAAGGUUGGUGUCUGGGAUUCGCGUAUCGUCACGAACGUUUUCGCGGUUACUGCUGACACGCGUCAUCCCCUGUCCAUUUAAUCAGACUCUCUUCCUCUCUUUCUCUGUGUAUACGUACAUAUUUUGUUUUCGUGUUUGUUACAACACGGAGCUGGUUCAGCCACAGUUUAGAGGAAGCCGCGAGGGACAUGGUUAAAACAAUGCGCGGGUACGCCAGACGAAAAAGAUUCACGAAAACAUGCGGAAAUCGCGCGUGUAUGAUCGCGAGGCGGUGAAGUGUGCUCGUGAUAGGGAGGGACACUCAAGAGAAGUGAAGUGUAUGCGUACACUGACUGCGGUAUGUCGUGUGCGCCAUGUCAUUGUACGUAAGCGAUAGUAUAGAGUAAUAUAUCGUAGUGGAGUGGAGUGAAGUGGAGUGGAAAGCGACCAGACCGCCUUGCCUGCCUAACUGUCUACCUAACAGCGUGCCUCUGUACCUGCUGCUUCUCUUGGUUGUCAUCUUUGCCUGCUGCCUAUCUACACUAGCCUCUACCUGUCUGAUUGUGCCCCAUUUGUACGUCCGUUUUAUGUCCAAGAGUCGACUGACUUUGCAUGUCAAGUCGAUUUACACAAAUUCGGAUCAACCUUUUCAUUGACCUCCUCUCAGGGCAUAAGGGUGCGAGGGAGGAGUGAGGGAAAGGGAGAGAAGUACGGAGACGAAAUUCGGGAAAAUCCGCAGAGAGAGAGAAACGAGUGAGAGAGAGAGAGAUUUGUAGGGAAGGGAGUACGGAGGAAAAGAGAAAGAGAGAUUGGUUUCUAGCCCGUUCCCGAUGCCGUUCGUGUGGGUGAGUGGCUGACUCGUGUGGUAGGGGGUAGAGAGACCCGGGACAGGGGAGUGAGGGGAGAAAUAAUUAAUGUGCGACCGUACCUCUCCCCUCGCAGUACUGGGCACCCUUCUCCCCCUUCCACAGUCUUGUACCGCUACGCUUAGCUGCCAUUGUGCCGAGACGCCACUUCCGAAGCAUCAAAUUCAAUUCUUCGAUUUUCGUCACCGCCAUCAAAUUCUUCCUUCCGAGAUACAAGUUUUCGGUAAAGAAAGAUUGAAAGGAAAGGGCACGCAGUGUAUAGUGCUGCCGGCAGCCUCAGCAAAGCGCGCCAAUAUCCUCGUGCACGAUCUCGAACCACCGAUAUAUUCCCUUUGAACGUCUUUGAAUACCACGAGAGGUUAGGUUAGAACAUUUGCUUCCGUGGAUAUCGGCCGAUCGCCUUGCAAACCGAACACGAUCUUUUUAUCAACCGUUUUAAGUACCGCGAAAUUAAUCGCGUUACCGGUGGUGCUCUACUGUGGUGUUGUGAUUGCGUCCUUUGCAAGCGGAGACGCAACUUGCCUUUGAAAUAAAAAGAGGGAAGAGCAGAGAACCACGAUGCUCCGGUGCAUAUGAAACGGAAUGGUCGAACGGAAAUUUUUGAGUUGCUGAAUUUGAAAGAAUGGAAGCCAUGGAUUUGGACGGGGAUGCGGUUGUUGACUUGAGUGUUAGCAGCAGUAGCAGGAGAAAUUCUCCAUCGAUAACUGUUAACUCUGGUGACGUAGGAGUUCCAUUAGAUUUAGGUGUCCACUUUUCUUCAAGUCCUAAUGUGGACAACAACAUGCCAGAAGCACGUAAUAUUCAGAAUGCAGCAAGAGGCAUUUUGGCUCCCAAGUCUGGCGAUGAUAGGAAAACUCGUCGUAAUCUUAGACCUAGAAUUGAAAUAAGUUAUGCAGAAACUCCCGAUGAACGUAGAAUAAAUGGUUAUGUGAAUGGAAAUGCAGACAGCGAUGAAGGUGAUAUGCCUCCUUUGCCUCCAAUAAAAGAAUUAUCAUCGGAUGAGUUGGCUGAACGUGAGAGAACACUUAGAAAGUUAAGAGAGGAACUUAGAUCUGAGGAAAUGAAAUUGGUAUUACUGAAAAAAUUAAGGCAAUCUCAGCAACUGAAAGAGAACAUUGCUGCUGUCCCUAAAGUACCAAGUAAAUUACCUCCACCAGUUACAGUACAACCAGCUCCUCAUAGUAACGUACCUGUUUCCAGUCAUAGGACAGGCAAGGCACCACCACCUUUGCUUAGGGGACAACCUGCACCCAGUAGAAGCAGUAGUUUACAUGCACCACCACCUGGAAUGUUAUUACCUCCCACAGUUGGACGAAGUUCUACUUCUAGUACUGGAAUGCCACCUAACAUGGUCAUACCACAACCACCUCAUCCUAGAGGCAGACCACCUAGUGCAACACCAAAUGUGUCAAAUUAUCAUGCACCUGCAGACAGAACUGAGAGGUCCACGAAAGAUCCAACACCCACUCCAGCACAUCAAGUAAGUAAGCUGCUUGUUGGACCUCAAGAAAAUAAAACCACCGCAUCCUUAAGCACACCUGUGAUUUCAGAGCAGGAAAGACCAAGGGAUGAUAAUCAGACACCUGCACAACGUCAGGCUGCUGCUAAAUUGGCUUUAAGAAAACAACUCGAAAAGACCUUGUUACAAAUACCGCCUCCGAAACCUCCGCCACCGGAGAUGCACUUCGUGCCAAAUCCGUCUAAUACGGAAUUUAUAUACUUGGUGGGUCUGGAGCAUGUAGUUGAUUUUAUCACUAAAGAACCAGCUAUUCCACCACCUCCAGAACCGUUUGAGUGUACUCAAUGUAAAACGGAUUUCACACCAGUGUGGAAAUGGGAAAAGCCUGUGACUGGUGGUAAAAAGGAAGGUCCAAGAGGGCAACAUGCAACUUUCCAAAGACCUCCAGCAGGUCGUGAUCCUCGAGUUAUAUGCGAACAUUGUGUAACGACCAAUGUUAAAAAGGCUCUUAAAGCAGAGCAUACUAAUCGGUUAAAAACAGCAUUUGUAAAAGCACUGCAGCAGGAACAAGAAAUAGAGCAAAGGUUGGCGCAAGCAGCGUGCCCUAGCCCAGACCCACCAGCUCCUAAACCAGUUCCUAAAGCAGCUACUCCUACGAGAAGAGUAGCAACACCGCCAGCCCCUCCACCGCAAGUUCCACCGGCACCGACACUAGCACCAACUCCACCAGCACCCAAGUUACAAGAGCAUCCUCUUGUUAAAUUGGCAGAAAGCGGAAAAUUCAGCCCACAUCACGCUGCUGCGGCUGCCUUACAACAACAGUUGCUCAGAGAACUGGCAAAAAAUCCUGUACCAGGCCUGCCACCUCAUCAACCUCUUCCUGCUCACAUGAUGCCACCAUUUACCUCGAUAUUAUAUCCCUACCAAAUAGCAAUGGCGCAAGCUGGCGGGAAAGGUCUCGCAGAAUUACAACGACAAGCGGCAGACUUGCAACGCCAAUAUUUGCUUGAUAUGAUUCCAUCACAAGCAUCUCAAGCACAGGGCAACCAGGCACCACCUCGAGCCCAUCCACAUAAUUGGAAAACGUAACCGGACGCAUUUAAAGAUCGACCAUUAAACACAAAUAAAUAAAACUGUGCAGAACUGUGUUAGAAAAUAUUGAGAAAUAAGGAUACUCGUAUUCUUUUUCCAUGAUAAUGUACUAAAUGGAAAUUUUUCAAUGGAGUGUGAUUGUUACACUUUCAUGACAGUUUUAGAAUAAUGUACCGAUCUGUGUACGAUUGGUAUCUUUAUUUACAAUAUGAAGCUCAAACUUGGAACAAUGGAACAAGAUACUUCCUGUAUUAUUGUGAAAAUGGAAGAAUUUUAACCAUCAUUUUGUGGAUAUGCAUUGACGUGUGAGUGUGAGUUUUGAUUGUUGCCCGGGAGGUUCGAUGUUUUGUCGUCUCGAACAAAUCUAAACUUUCAGUUAAUAAUACACAAAUGAUAAUUAGCGUAAUUCCCUUGGUGAUUUUCAAAGGGAGAGAGAGAAUUAAAUGUUCACGUUUAACUCAAAGGUCAACAAUUAAAAAAUUCUCUAAUUGGUUUCUUCUAAGAGCAAUAUCUGUUAUUUUGUUUUUCGUGCUACAUUAUGUUGGUACUAACAAUAUUGCAAAAGAAUAAUAGGUGAAUGUCAAUCAAAGUAAGUGCAUAAUAACUUGGACGCACAUAAAUGAAUAUAAUUGCUUCAAUUAUUACAUUAUAUAUAUUGUAUCUACAUAAAGAACCAAGUGGACAUUUAUAAGGCACUAAAGACAGUACUAAGUGUUACAUGAUCAUAAAAAAAAAUUGGUUGAUCCACAAUAGUAGACAUAAUCGGAGAGGAAGAGAGCGAACGAACGAGCGAGAGAGGGAAAGAAAGAAAGUGAGAAUGAGAAAGUGAACACGUAUAAGUACGUGAGGUAAAGUAAAAUUGAGAAGAAAAUGGGAUCUUUUUUAGACCCUUGAUAUAUUAUAGUUAAGCCAACCUUUGUCGCUGGUUUGAAUAAUUUUUUUAACCAUCAGCGGUACCUGUGCUAUGUGUAUAUCUCUUUAUUUUCUUCAAACUGUGAGUAUUUUUAAGACAAUUAUAAUAAUUACGAAAGAAAAAAGUGCGAGAGCAAGAGCGAAUGAGAGAGAAAGUUGUAGAUUACUGAUGAGAGAAAACGAAAAAGAAACAAACAAUCUUUAUAAAAAAAAUGUGUGUCACUGAUAUUGCGAAAAAAACGAAUGUGGGUGUGAUAGCGAUGUUUUCCGUUUUUUUCUUUUUUUAUUUUUCUUUUUUUGUCGUUAUUACGGAAGAACAGAGAAUGAGUAUUCAACAUGUUUAAAAGAAUAGAUAGAGUGACACGAAUGUCAUUCGCGCACAAAUCGUAGGAAUUUCGUGAUAAGACUUUUUCAGGCUCAUUUUGAUGCAGGAUGUAUUUAAAAAAGGAAAAGUAAAAAAGUAAAAAAAAAGACGUGGAACGAAGAAGAAUAUAUAAAAAAAAUGGAGAAAAGAAAGAAAGAAAAUCUAUCGAUUAAGAUGUAAAUUACUAAUGAUAGCGCGAUUGAUUUCAUGUGUCACGUUGAUGUAAAAGUAUUUAAUGAAUUUAAACAGAUCGUAUGUAUCCGAAGUUUUUCCUGAAGGAAGAAACAAAAGAAAAACGAUUUAUGUGGCAGAUCGCCGAAUUUUUAUGAAAUCCUCUCUUCUGAAAAAAAGAACAAAACGAAAAAAAAAGUUUAUCUGCACAUUAAAAAGAGAAAAAGAAAAAAGAAAGAAAGAACGAGUUUAACAAAGCAAAAUCUCUCCGGCACACAUCCCAAGCAAUACUUAUUACCACUUCCACUUUUAAAUAAUCUGAUUUUUCAUUGAUUACCGGCUAAUUAACCGAUCUUGGUCACAAUUUCCGAAUCACUAAAUAUAUAGUUAACUGUAGUCUUGAUAUUUCUCGGUAUAUGAUACAAGUUAAUAAACUAAAAAUAGCAUAAUCAAUCUCUCUUUGUACUACGUGAUAGAUUUUGAACUCAUACUUGAUAUACAUGUACACCGUAAUAAGUCUAUCGAUCGCAUAAUAGAUCAAGAUCUGUGUUUUUUGUGUAAGAAGAAUCGAAGUAAUGUCAUUGUUGUCAAUUGUCAUUUUUGCCAGGACGCUACCGCUGUCAUUCUCUUGAUCGUAAACAAAAGAAAAAAUAGACAAAAAAAAAAAAUGAAAAAGAAAUGUAGAAACGAAAAAAAGCGGAGUAUUUCAUCGUUACGAUCACACAUAUGAAGCGAGGGAGUGCAUGGUAUCUUAACGCACAAGAAUCAUAUACAAUCGAUAUAUCUUAAUUUAAUUAUUGUAUCUUAUUAAUUAUUUGUAACAUACAUCUAUGUCUUCACCUUCUUAAUUUCAUAAAUUUUACAUUAAGUUAAAAAUACAUUAAGUUAAAAAUAGUGAGAAUAUUUUAACCCUAAAUUGGCAUCGUUGGGCCUUACUUUGGGUAACCUAUGACGGAAAGGUUUUGAGUUAAGUUAUUUAAUUUCAAAAUACAUCAUUAUAGUAUUUGUAAGACACUUUAUUGUAAAGUAUGUUUGCUUUAGUUUAUAUUCUGUAUAUUGUGUGAUAAAUAUAAUUAGUUUAUCGCACAAGAUGCAAAAUAUCAAAGAAAAUUGAUUACAUUAGCAUUUAAUAAUUUACCUUAAAUGUUUGGACCAAACGAUAUUUGUAUAUAAAGGAUUAUUUCUAAAUUUAUUGCUAUUAUCAUAUUAUGUAUAUACCAGAUAUCUGCGUUUUGUUACCAACCUCCCUUUCUUCAACAAAUGUAUAAUUGUUCCAUUAAGAAAAAAGAAACAGAAUAAAAGAAAAAGUGAAGAUGCAUGCAGCAUCGUCAAUCUCAUGACUGCCGAAAUCGCGUAAGACGUUUCGCGUGAUCGACGAUUUAUCAGAUUGAUCGUCGAUUACGAUUGCUUUGAAUUUUACGCGAUAGUGGGAGAACGUUCAAAAUAAUUACAUUGCAUUUUUUCACAUGGUAACGCGAAACGAGUGUUCGAAAAGAAAAGAACGAAUAACGCAAACAACAAAAGAAAAAUGAAAAUGAAAAAGCAACUAAUACGUUUCUUCCUAUCUUCCUUUCUAGUCUUGUCUUUCACCUCUGUGUGGUGCUGAUUUAAGAAUUGAAAGUACUCUGUAGUACGAAAGUAUAAUUUUAUAUUCUAAACAGGAAAGAAGAAAAUGGAAAAAAUGAGGAAAAAAUGGAAACAAAUUUUUUUCGCUUCGAGAAGAAUACGAAAAAACAAAUGAAGGAAAAAAACACAUAUACUGCAUUUGCAGGGCGGUAGUGUAAAAUAUAUGGAAUAAGAAACAACAAAGAAAACGAAACGAAUCCAAGUUUCGAUCUGAUAUAUAGGUAAAGCAAUAUAGAACUUCGAACAUCGCGGAAUAGUAUUCUAUAUAAGGUAUUUGGAACAGAAAAUAAAAUGUGUAAACGAAAACGAGGUCCGAUAUUUCGUGGGGACACAGAAAACACGCUGAAAUGAUUCGAAAAAGAACAUGUGAAAACGGAAAAUACAAAUUAAGAAUGUACAAAAUGGUUUGUUAGGCACAUUAUUAAAUUUAUUACGUCUAAAGAUAGAAAAGAAGAGAAAUGAAACUGAAUUCAAAUGAUUGUAUCUUUUAAGUCUGACUACCUGAUGAGAAUCUCUGCCCCCACAAUUUAUAGGAUUAGUAGUUUUAACAAAAAAAAAAAAAAAAAAAAGUACAGAUUACCGAAUACUCUGGAGACUACACGAAUAAAGCUUAUCAAUGAUUGUA